AUGGCAGCAUUUUUAUAUAAUACCUCUUCGAUUUGUUUAACAGUUUCAGCAACCUUUAAAAUGGCGAGUUCCCGCUUCGUAUUGAUGUGCCUGUGCAGCAUUGCCCUCCUCGUGGUGUUCUCCAACCCUGCCGAAGCCGCCGUUCACAUCGGCAGCUGCGUGUGGGGAGCCGUUGACUACUUCAGCGACUGCAGACAGGAGUGCAAAAACAGAGGUUACAAGUCAGGACAUUGUGGAAGCUUCUUCAACGUUAACUGUUGGUGUGAUUAA